GUCUUGUAAUCCUUGGAAGGCUUCAUAACUUGAAUAGACUCUUUCUCUAGCCAUCUCCUACAGUUUCUUGCAAUUAUGCGUAUCCUUGUCACUAACGAUGACGGUCCACCGUCAAAUCAAUCAUCACCAUAUGUCCAUUCGCUUGUGGACACACUGCAAGCAGCAGGACAUUCUGUCUCAGUAGUGUUGCCACAUACUCAGAGAUCAUGGAUCGGCAAAGCCCAUAUUGUUGGACAAACUCUGACACCGACAUAUUUCCGACCCGGCACUCUACAUAAAGACGACGGCGUCACAGCCGACCGACCGUUCCACGAAGAAGACGAGGAAUGGGUUCUCAUCGAUGGCACACCUGCCAGUUGUGUCCAGAUCGGCCUUCAUCAUGUUUUCAAAGACCAAAAGUUUGAUGUGGUGGUCAGUGGUCCCAAUUAUGGCCGAAACACCACUGCGGUUUUCGCCUUGUCUAGUGGAACUCUUGGUGGCGCCAUGGAAGGUGCCAUGAGUGGGAUGAAAAGCAUUGGAUUGUCUUAUGCUUUCGACUCUCGCGAACACGACCCCGAGAUCAUCGCCGCGGCCUCGAAACUAAGCACCAAACUCAUAGAGAAGUUGGUGAGAGAAUGGCCGGAAGAUGUCCAUCUCUACAGUAUCAAUGUCCCACUACGAAAAGGCGUCGAGAAUACCAAGAUUUUAUACACCGAGAUGCUACAGAACCGAUGGCUUACCGGCAGUUCCUUCGAGGAGGUUCCACUCGAGGAAGAGAACCAUGAUCCUAACGAAGAAGAGAUAUCUAUUCGCCAGCAAGAAGAUGAGAAGCAGACACAGAAACCAAGGCGUCGUGCACAUGGGAAAUUCAAGUGGUCUCCCAAUUUCGCCGACAUUCGCAAGGCCGUCAUGGAUGCUCAACACGGUGAUGGGUGGGAGAUCCUACAAGGGAAUGUCACUGUCACGCCUUUGGUGGCCAACUUUUGGCAUCUGCCUCAUUAUACUGGAGAAAUCAAGCUGUGAAGACGACGAAGUUCCGCCAUCAUUACGCGUUAGAACCAAGAACGCGACCAAAACACUCAAUGCCCUAGUCGCAUAUCCAGACGACUAUGUCCAGCCAUUAAUCCUUUCAGCUCUAGACUCCCUUCCAAAGACCUCUAUCAACCACAUCAAAUCCCUCUCCCAACUCCCUUCCCCUGACGAUCUAGUCCUCCAAUUUACUGGCUACGAAGAAAUAGAUUUCGACCACGUCCUUGAACACCCCAAAACAUCACUAGCAUGCGCAUACGUCAUUCGCAAAGCCUUGAUCCGGAAACAUUACUUAUCAAACACCAUCUCGACUUGGCUAGUCAAACAUCCUGAAAGUCUCCUGGCCCGACACUUCAAACCUUGCGUCCAUUUCGAAUUAGACUAUGCAGAAUUCCUUGACGAUGCAUUGGUUGAUGCAUGGGAUCUGAAUGAAAGUAUGGCUCGGAAUGAGGAGUUGUCGGCGGGCGAGAAGAAGGAAUGGUGGAUUUUGAAACCGGGCAUGAGUGAUGGUGGGAAUGGGAUUAGAUUGUUCUCAAGUCUGGAGCAAUUACAAUCUAUCUUUGAGGAAUGGGAAGAAGAUUCGGAUUCGGAUGAUGAACCUGAAGAUGAAGAUGGAGAUGAAUCCGACUCGGAUUCAGAAGUCGCAACUACAACAUCACCUGAGACAUUACCUUCUCAUUCCCAACCCGACACCGAAGAAUCAUCCACCAAUAAACCCGCCACCGCCAUGACAUCUCAACUCCGCCACUUCAUCGCACAACCAUACAUUGCAAAACCACUUCUGCUCGAUUCACAUGACCGACGCAAAUUCCAUAUUCGAACGUACAUCCUUGCCGUCGGGGCGUUGAAAGUAUAUGUCUAUCGAGAAAUGCUUGCAUUAUUCGCAGCCGUGCCAUACGAGGAACCUUCAUCUACCGCUAGUGAUGGCACAACGACAGACGAUCCAGAAUCUACCGAACACGACCACGAUACAAUCAACCUCGCCCAACACCUAACCAACACAUGUUUCCAAUCCGAAGACACGAAAUCGACAUCUGUACAUUCAUUCUGGGAAUUAGAUAUGCCGACAUCACCCAGUUCACAAUCAUCACCAUCUCAAUCUCCGCAAGACAACAUCUUCACACAAAUCUGCUCCAUCACCAGCACGGUAUUCGAAGCCGCCGCGCGCGAACAAAUGAUUCAUUUCCAAACCUUGCCCAAUGCAUUUGAAAUCUUCGGUGCGGAUUUCCUUGUCGAUGAGGAAUAUAAUGUCUGGUUAUUGGAAUUGAAUGCAUAUCCGGAUUUCAAACAGACCGGUGCAGAGUUAAAGGACAAGGUUGUGGGGGGAUUGUUUAGGGGGGUGGUGGAUGUUGCGGUGGCGGGGUUUAUUGAGGAUGAGGGUGGUGAGAUGAAUGAGAAUAAGGAUAUGGUUCUAGUGGCCGAUUUGAAUCUUGGGCGUGGGUAGACGGUUAGACAGAGGAUGAUGAUGGAAUUCAAAUCGAUGGAGGUAUCGAUCUGAGCAUGACUUGCACUUAAGUCUCACAUACGUCUAAUGGUUUCUGUGUGGAUCAAAACAAGAAAGAGAAAAGAAUAAUAUAUCUCUUCACAGUCAAGAGUAUGUCAUUCCAUUAAUCCAGACUUGAAGAGCUCAAAGGGAAAAACAAAGUCAUAUAUUAAU